UAGUUUUGUGCGGAAAGUGCAUUGGUGAGCAACGAGAGUGAAAAAGUGUGAUGAAAAUGUGAUGUUUUCACAAUGAAGGCAAUAACUGUGAUUAUUUUUACAAUACUUUGUGGAUCAGUGGCGGGAAAUUGUGUUUUCAGCCGUGUUAAUUUUCGCGAAAAAGCCACAUGCCGCCGUGGAAAGUUGAUUGAGGCGUAUGUUUCGGUCAAGAGUACCACAGAAAUCCUCGAUCUCAGUCACAAUUCCAUCUCAACACUCAAAGAUAAUUCCUUCUACUACGUCCCGAUCGUGAUGAACUUGUCCCUGGCACACAAUACCAUCCACACGAUUUUUCUGGAUGCCUUUUCGGGGCUGCCACACCUGAAAAUGCUCAAUUUGUCUCACAACUACCUGGAGACAUUCGAUAAGAGAAUCGUGGAGAGAAAUACCGCUUUGACGGUGUUAGAUGUGUCAGAAAAUAAUUUUAUCAAUCUCAAUGGUGAACCAUUUCUUAUCAGUUCUUCACUGGAAGAGCUCUAUAUGAAAAAUGCCAAAUUGGUUCAUUUAGUGGAGAUCUUCAAUGAUUUACCCAAAUUGAGGACAUUGGAUUUGUCAGGGAAUCUCCUGUUUUCCGUCAAUCCACCGAGUUUCUUCACAUUGAAUCACCUCAAAUUCGUCAAUUUGCAGCACAAUGUUUACCUCAAAUGCGAUUCAACGCUGCAAAAUCUAAUAGAAUGGUUCACAAAGAGAGACAUUGACUACGAAUCAUUCAAAUGUGUAUUCCCAAAGAAGAAUAGCAUGUUUGAGCGAAUGGAAAUGCUGCCAUCGCUAGCAGUUCCAGAAAUAUCUUCCGAAGAGUCCUCAGGAGAACUGAGUGACCUCAUGGAAGGUGAUAAUGAAGAAGACUACGAUCUUCUGCUUCAUCAUCACAACAGAGCAUCAAAACUCGAUGAAAUGUACAAGAUUCAUCAUCUGAAAACCUCCUUUACUGACUGCCUGGAAAUGCAUGAGGAAUUUGUGUGUCAUUUGCUGACGACCUGCAAAGAACAGUCACAGCAGAAUGCUAUUCCAACUCCACCAGAACCCAAGAAGAUCAACAGUUACUUGAGACAUGCAUCUCUCAUUCUCUUUGCACUGGGAAUUUUCCUGGGGGCAAUUGUGGGUGGAGUAUGUUCAAUAUUCUGGGUGAAAAUCUACAAAAACUGCAAUCAGAAUCUCACUCUGAGGCGAGAACUGAGAUCCAUCAUUAGGGAUGCUCGGGAAGAUUUCUCCUCUUAUCACGAAGCCUCUCGGCUCAAUUAUCCUGAAGAUCCACCACGGGAAGAAGCCCAACGGCAGCCUAGGCGGCCUAGGAGAUGCACUAGACCUGCACCUCAACCCCCCCAACUGAGUCAAAACAGGGAAUUAAUUGAGAGCAAUAAUGCUUUCCAUGACUUCGUGACGGAUCUCUUCUCUCGUGGUCGCCGUGGACGCUACCUGGAGAAUCUUCAGCAUCGCGGAAGUACCCUCAUUCGCCAAAUGAGCCGCAGCACGCUCAAUCUCUUCCAGAGAUCUACUUCGCAACGUGCCACGGCUCCAGAAUCACCAACUUCCUUGGCGGAUAUUCAACUUGUGGACACGAAUUACCGUGCCUGCUCAAGUGGAGAACGCUCUGAGACACCCCCACCACCCUACAAAGAGUGCUAUUCGACAAAAUCUUAAACAUAUUGUUUUAAUUAUUUGAUAAAAAUAAAUAAAUGAUAAUUUUAACUAA